AUGUUUUUCUAUGUAGACUAUACUGAAGAGAACGUUAAAAAAUACAGUAAACAACUUGAAGAUUUUGGUAACGUUGAAAUCUGUUACAACACUAAACCAAACCAGCCCAUCUUGGUCUCAAUGGAGCGAAUCCGUAAUCAACCUGAAAGCUAUCAUUUAUAUUCUGGCAAUCGUUAA